AUGUCCAACAUACUAGCAAAAACCGGUCUUAAAUCUUUAUCUCAAAAAUUCAACAGGUUUUCACUUAAGGUUACAGUGAAUCCAGUACCCUCAGUGUACGGAAAAAUCCACUUUGAGAGUUCAAACUUAGUUAGGCAGCUUCACAAUACUCCAAAAAUGAGUGCUUCAAUGCUCAACGGCAACCUCUGGGACACAGACCCUGAGCUUUUUGGCAUAAUCAAAAACGAGAAGGAGCGCCAGCGGGCUGGACUUGAAAUGAUUGCAUCUGAAAACUUCACAUCUUUAUCGGUCCUACAAUGUCUGAGCACAUGUCUACACAAUAAGUAUUCAGAGGGAAUGCCCAACCAAAGGUAUUAUGGAGGCAAUGAAUACAUUGAUGAAAUAGAAAUUUUAGCCCAGAAGAGAUCUCUUGAAGCUUACAAAUUAAAUUCAGAAGAAUGGGGUGUCAAUGUGCAGCCAUACUCAGGAUCACCAGCUAACUUUGCAGUGUACACUGGUAUUGUAGAACCCCAUGGCAGAAUAAUGGGCUUAGAUCUUCCAGAUGGUGGUCAUCUUACCCAUGGAUUCUUUACUGCAACCAAAAAAAUCUCUGCAACUUCCAUCUUCUUUGAAAGCAUGCCAUACAAAGUGGACCCAAAAACCGGUUUAAUUGACUAUGAAAAACUUGCGGAGACGGCCAAGCUGUUUAAACCACGUCUGAUCAUAGCUGGCAUGAGUUGCUAUUCAAGGUGUUUCGACUACAAGCGGUUUCGGCAGAUAGCCGACGAAAACGGGUCAUAUCUGAUGGCAGAUAUGGCGCAUAUCUCUGGACUAGUUGCUGCAGGUGUUAUUCCCAGUCCCUUUGAAUACUGUGAUAUUGUUACGACUACCACCCAUAAGACACUCCGUGGUCCUCGUGCUGGUGUUGUUUUCUUCCGCAAAGGCGUGCGCUCAGUGAAAGCUAACGGUACAAAGGUUAUGUAUGACUUCGAGAGCAAGAUAAACCAAGCUGUGUUCCCGGGACUCCAGGGCGGUCCACAUAAUCAUGCUAUUGCUGCUAUCGCAACAGCUAUGAAACAAGCCACCACUCCCGAAUUCGUCGAAUAUCAAAAACAGGUUGUAAAGAAUGCCGCUCGCCUAUGCGAAGGCCUAAAGUCACGUGGCUAUGACAUCGCAACAGGCGGCACGGAAGUCCACUUGAUCCUAGUCGACAUGCGCAGUGCUGGUCUCACCGGGGCUCCUGCAGAACGUAUCCUGGAACUGUGUAGCAUCGCUUGUAACAAGAACACAGUGCCUGGCGAUAAAAGCGCGUUGAACCCCAGCGGUAUUAGGCUUGGUACUCCCGCGCUUACAACCAGAGGGCUCAAGGAGGCGGACAUUGACAGAGUGGUUGACUACAUCGACAAAGCGCUUAAAAUUGCGAAAGAGAUUACGAAGCUAUCAGGUCCUAAAUUAACUGAUUUUAAUAAAACUAUAGAACAAAGUGACGAUUUCAAAUCAAAAAUUAAUAAUCUCAAAGAAGAAAUCGAAAACUACAGCAGGGCAUUCCCAUUACCUGGAUUUGAAAUGUACUAA